UUUAUCGGCAAUGGGGACAGUGGUGGAGAGCGCCACUGAGCAAGCGAAGACGCUCGUGGCGGCGCUGUGCAGGCAGUUCUAUGGCCUCGGCUGGGUGUCUGGAACUGGCGGAGGUGUUACUCUCAAGGUGGAGGAUCCGCAGCUCCCCAUGGCCGAUCGCUUGAUCGUCAUGGCUCCCUCAGGAGUCCAGAAGGAAAAGAUGAAUGCGGAGGAUAUGUAUGUGCUGGAUAAGAAUGGGGCCGUCCUCUCCACACCACUGCCAUUGCCUCCUCCUCACAAGCCGCCCAAAUGCACGGACUGUGCUCCUCUUUUCAUGAAGGCGUACACGAUGAGGAAUGCUGGAGCUGUGAUUCACAGCCAUGGAAUGGAGAGCUGUCUCGUGACCAUGAUCGAUCCCGGUGCCAAAGAGUUUCGGAUCACUCACAUGGAGAUGAUCAAAGGAAUCAAAGGGCAUGGUUACUACGACGAGCUUGUAGUCCCGAUCAUUGAAAACUCUGCGUAUGAAUACGAGCUCACGGACUCCUUAGCAGCAGCCAUUGCCGCUUAUCCACGAACGACGGCGGUGUUAGUGAGAAACCAUGGGAUUUACGUCUGGGGUGACUCGUGGAUCAGUGCUAAAACUCAGGCAGAAUGCUACCAUUAUCUUUUUGACGCCGCACUUAAGCUUCGCCAGUUUGGCCUCGACCAUACAAACCCCUUGCAUGGACCAGUGAAGAAACUCAGCCUUGCAGCUCCAAAGAAAAACUAUCCCCGUGUGAUUUUACUUGAUAUUGAAGGCACCACCACUCCCAUAUCGUUCGUGACGGACGUUUUGUUUCCCUAUGCGCGUGACAAUGUGGGAAAACACCUCUCAGCCACUUACGAUUCGAAGGAGACUCAAGAUGAUCUAGAACUUCUCAGGCAACAGGCUUCUAAAGACACGAAGGAGGGAAACGUGCAAGCGCAGCUCAUUCCUCCAAGUGAUGCUCCUAAGGACGAAGUCAUUGCGGCAGCGGAGCGUAACGUUCUCGCCAUGAUUGCUGCCGAUCGCAAAGUUACAGCCCUCAAACAAUUGCAGGGACAUAUUUGGAGAACAGGAUACAAAAACGGUGAACUCAAAGGCCAAGUCUUUCAGGACGUUCCUGAAGCACUCUCCUUGUGGCAUUCUGCCGAGUCGAAGGCCUAUAUUUACUCGAGUGGGAGCCGAGAAGCGCAGCGGCUGAUCUUUGGGAACACAAACUUUGGUGAUUUGAGGAGAUACAUUUCGGGCUACUUCGAUACCGUGACAGGAAACAAACGAGAGGCACGGAGUUACACUGAAAUCUUCCUUUCGGUGGGUGCCGACGAGCCCUCUCAGAUUACUUUCGCCACGGACGUGCUGGCUGAAGCUGUUGCGGCUAAAGAAGCUGGCCUGGACACUGUGAUACUUGAGAGACCAGGGAAUGCACCGCUGCCUAGCGGUCAUGGUUUCAGGACGGCAAGCACCCUUCUCGAGAUAUAAGAUUGGGACUCAAAGUUUGCAAGCUCUUACUCAAACAAAGAAUAGCGUCUUGGCAUAUUCGAGAAGCUAAGUUAUCGGGUCACGUGGCUUUGGGCUUGUGAGAAGUCUAGAGGAUAGCAUCAGGGCCUUAACACCAAGAAGCAAAGUUUUUUAACCUUGUAUUCUCAAACCAGGAGUCUCCAGUUCGUCCUUCUUGGCUCUUGGGAUACCAGCCGGUUUGUGAGCUUUAUUCACGAAGUUCACGGGUGAAUCAUCUAAUAGCGCCUCGUCAAAGUCCUUACUCCCGAGAUGCAAGACUGCUAAAUAAAUGGAAUUGUUCCCACGGAAACAACAGCUAGCGA